AUUGACAGUCUAAACCAACCACUUCAAAUUGGACACAUUCCGCAAUGCGUAUCACAACUGUCAAUGCCUCUAUUCAAUCAACCACUUCAAGUUGGACACUUUCCAGAAUCAGUAACCCAUUUAUCCUUGGAGCGUUUUAAUCGACCUCUUCAAGUUGGACUUUUUCCACAAUCAGCCAUACAACUUUCAUUGUCAACAUCACAUAAGAAUCAACCUCUUCAAGUUGGGCUGAUACCACCAUCAGUGAAACAACUAUCAUUGACACGUAUGAAUCAACCUCUUCAAGUUGGACACAUUCCACAAUCAGUGGAGCAACUAUCAUUGACACGUAUGAAUCAACCUCUUCAAGUUGGACACAUCCCACAAUCAGUCACCCAAUUAACAUUGCCAAGUUUCAAUCAACCACUUGAUGCUGGGCACAUUCCACGAUCAGUGACUCAUUUGUCAAUGCAAGAUUUCAAUCAACCUCUUCAAAUAGGUCACAUACCUCAAUCUGUUACCAAUUUAUCAUUUCAUCAGUUCAAUCAACCUCUUCAAUCUGGACAUAUUCCAAUAUCAGUAACUCUUCUGUCAUUGUUUCAGUUCGAUCAACCUCUUCAAAUUGGACAUAUUCCACAAUCAGUGAUAUAUCUGACACUUAUAUUUUUCAAUCAACCACUUCAAGCUGGACAUAUUCCACCAUCAGUGACACAUCUGAAACUGUCAGGGGUCAAUCUACCUCUUCAAUAUGGGCACAUUCCACAAUCAGUUGUUGAACUAUCUUUAAAUAAUUUCGAUCAACCUCUUCAAGUUGGUUCCAUCCCACGACUUGUAAGGCGAUUGUCUUUUGGAUUUAACUUUAAUCAAUACCUCAAAAUGGAAUACAUUCCAUCCGUCACGUCACUAUCUAUUCCUAACAGUCAAUUCUCCCAAGAUAACUUUGGACUCUUGGAUCACAAUUAUCUCCAAGAACUCACCAUCUCUCAUGAGAUCAGCAGACCCGGACAGCCUCCUCUCUCACCAACUCAAUUCUAUUUAGAUGUGGACAGGACAAGUAACCCAGCCUCCAAAGGACCUUCUCAUCUCAUCAUUCAAGUCCGUGUCAAUCGUACCCGUGAAAAUAUGUAUGAAGGUAUUCCACGCUCUUUCUUGAGUAUUCAGCUCAAACAAUUACUCUCAAACGCUACCAAUGUGACCAGCACUUCUUUGAUUUCACGACAGUCUGGAGGUUACUUGACAAUGAAACUGCAUUAUGUAUACCAGUGGCCGAUAGCUAUGGUGAUGGAGUCAUGUCACUUUGGAGGAUUAAGGGUAAUACGCUCCAAAGACCAUUACUUAUAUAAAUAUAUUGGGUUG